AUGUCCAAUCUCGAACGUUCUCGUGAGAAGCAAACCUUGGUCCAAGAUGUCGGCGAUAAAGUCUCUGAAUCCGAAAGCCGAAGUUGCUAGGGCUUCACAGGCCCUUGCUGUCAAUAUAAGUGCAGCAAAAGGUCUUCAAGAUGUCCUUCGCACCAAUCUCGGCCCAAAGGGUACCAUGAAAAUGCUUGUGUCCGGAGCUGGAGACAUCAAGCUGACGAAAGAUGGAAAUGUUCUGUUACAUGAGAUGCAAAUCCAGCACCCUACCGCCUCCCUGAUUGCAAGAGUGGCCACUGCUCAAGAUGACAUCACAGGGGAUGGCACAACGUCCAACGUCCUCAUCAUCGGAGAGCUGCUUAAACAGGCUGAUCUCUACAUAGCAGAGGGACUACAUCCUCGUCUGAUCACCGAGGGGUUCGAACUGGCCAGAAACAAGUCUUUGGAGGUUUUGGAUGAGGUGAAGAUUGAGCGCACAAUUGACCGUGACACGCUGGUGCAGGUGGCACGCACAUCUCUCAGGACCAAGGUGCACCAGGAGCUGGCUGAUCUGCUCACAGAGCAUGUUGUUGAUGCUGUGCUGGCCAUCAAGCGCCCAAAUGAGGCCAUUGACCUCCACAUGGUGGAGAUCAUGGAGAUGCAACACAAGACUGACAUGGACACGACGUUUGUGCGGGGCCUAGUCAUGGAUCAUGGAUCUCGUCACCCCGAUAUGAAGAAGCGAGUUGAAGACGCCUACAUUCUCACCUGCAACGUCUCACUGGAGUAUGAAAAGACCGAGGUGAACUCUGGUUUCUUCUAUAAGAGUGCUGCGGAGAGAGAGAAGCUGGUAGAGGCAGAGAGAAGGUUCAUUGAUGAUCGGGUCAGGAAGAUCAUUGAGCUGAAGACCAAAGUGUGCAAAGGGAACGACAAGGGAUUUGUUGUCAUCAACCAAAAGGGAAUUGAUCCUCUGUCACUGGAUAUGUUUGCCAAGGAGGGCAUUGUGGGCCUGCGUCGGGCCAAGAGGAGAAACAUGGAGAGACUUGCCCUGGCAGUAGGUGGGACAGCUAUGAACUCCGUGGAUGACCUGACACCGGAUGCACUAGGCCAUGCUGGACUCAUGUAUGAACAUGUGCUGGGGGAACAGAAGUACACCUUUGUGGAGGAUUGCAAGAACCCACAGUCUGUCACCAUUCUCAUCAAGGGACCCAACAAACACACACUGACGCAGAUCAAAGACGCUGUCCGAGAUGGGCUCCGUGCUGUCAAGAAUGCCAUUGAGGACAACUGUGUGCUGCCUGGAGCUGGAGCCUUCGAGAUUGCAGCCUUCCAGGAACUCAUGAAGUUCAAGGACACUGUCAAAGGACGAGCACGUCUAGGUAUCCAGGCGUUUGCCGAGGCUCUGCUGAUCAUCGUGAAGGUUCUCGCCCAGAACUCGGGCCUUGAUCCCCAGGAGGCCAUUGUCAAACUGCAGCAGGAGUACCUGGGUCCUAAACAGGCAGUGGGACUGGAUAUCAAGACAGGGGAGGCAGUCAUACCAGCUGAUUUAGGAAUACUCGACAACUUCCGGGUGAAGAAACAACUACUGCAUUCAUGUACUGUGAUAGCCACCAAUCUUCUACUGGUCGACGAGAUUAUGCGAGCCGGCAUGUCUUCCCUCAAGGGAGACUAACACGACCAUGUGCUGGUCCUAAUGUGCUGCUUGUCCUAAUGUGCUGCUUGUCCUGUGUCAUCUUAUAGUGCUUCACCACGGAACUUCAUUCUGUCUUCAUUGUUAAGUCAUAAUUUUGGCAAAUACUGAACUGUGCAGUCAUUAAAUUCUUUUUGGUUGUCACGUUGAUUAUCCUGCUCCAGUGCUAUCAGUAUGUUCUGUUUUAACAUGACUGUGCCUGACAAAAUUUGUGAACCAAUUUCCAGGAACAGAAUGAGGUUACGUAAAGAUCUGUGAUGUGUUUGUCUCUUUUUCAUAUGCCCAAAUAAACAAUCUUGCUAA